GCGUGCAACCACCUGGGAAUAAAAUGCAUCACCCGUAUCGUCUGUAUCCCGAUUGUUAGCAGCGAGAGACACAAGCUCGUAUUCCUUUCGUGGAAUGUGUAACAGAAUAAUACGUUACCUGGGCAACGUAUGAAUGGCCUGGCUACGCUCAACGCUUCAAUAUCACCUUGGAUACUGGAUAUGCGUCUGUUCAUUCAUCAUUUUCCUGCUGUACUUCAUUCUGUUCGCUAAGGUUUUCAUCCCAAACCCGGACAUCUUCGCAAUUCGGACAGAGUUCGGUUCCGAACCUGGGGAUGUCGAAAACAAAGCAAAUCUGCCACAACAACCUCCGGAGGGUGAACAUGCAAACUCCGCUCUACAGGUAACACCGUUAAAGCAGACAGCGUUGGCGCCACCUGUUCCAGAAGUGUACGGUACAACAGAUAAACCACCAGCAGCGCAACUGCAAAUUCUAAAUAAAAAUGCAGAGCUGAAAAAUCUUACAGCCGCCGUACAACCGCAGGAAGUGCACAUCAAAACUGCGUUUCGGAAAUUCAACCAAAAAUUGGUUGAAGCGCUUACUUCCAAUGAAGCCAUUUUGUUGCCAUUAACUUUCGACGAAGAUCAUCUCACGUGGAAAGAACCCCUACCUUCGGUGUAUAUCUAUUCAGCGUUCUUAGAGUUUGACUCAUCAGGAUCGCCUUACGUACGAAUAAUCAGCAUGGUGCUCGCGAAGCCAGAACAUAGGGACACCGUUCAGUGUCUCGUAAAAGGUGACAAUCUAGUAGCUUCACCGCCUGCUUCUCUGGAUAUUCUCCCAGAUGGUCACGGCCAACGUUUUAGUGCUGCCUUCUACGUCUGUAUGCUACAAGAUGUUCCUGGGAUUCUUCAACAUACCAGCUUGCAGGUCACCUUGACGAAUGGAACGCAACCAAGAGACCCUGCGUGGGUUUCUGUACUUAUGAAAGAGAAAAUCACCAAUGAGUUUGCCAUGUGCAUGCAGCCUUUUUACAACCAGCGAAACCACUUAGUUCAAAUGGCCGAGUUCAUCGCAUAUUAUUCACUCAUGGGUGUGAGUCGCUUCACGUUCUACAUUUUCGACAUGUCCAAAGCCGAAGAACUCUUUCUUUUGCGUCUAAGAGCACGGAAGAACGUGACCAUAGUCCUUUUGAGGUGGGACAUUCGAAUCACACAGAUACACAUGCUGGGACAGAUAGCAGCUCUACAAGACUGCAUGCACCGAGAACGGUUCUACUCGGAGUACAUGGUUUACGUGGACCUCGACGAGUUUAUGGUCCCCAAAGUGACCCGCGACUUUCGUGAAACCAUGAGAAUAGUUCAGAAGCGGAGGAAGUAUUCAAGUUUCAACGUGCUGCACAAGCCCUUCUGCAUGGAGUUCAAGAACACGACGUCGCUUUCGGAACUGGAAAUCCCUCUCGUGACCCGCAUUUACGACGUGAGGGAUACGUUAGAGUGGCCUCACGAACAAAGAUCGAAAUGGAUUGGAAGAACUAAAGACGUUGUAUCGGGUGGAAUUCACUUUGCACGCGUGCUUGAAGACAACAAGGAAGCCCUCUAUUUGAAUGCGUCUCAGAUGCUGCUACACCACUACCGCGAUGGAUGCGGUGUCCUCGCCGUCAUCCGUCCCACCGGUUUAGUGCACGUGCUUAAGGACGGAAGCACGGUGAAAGAUUCUUACAUGAGCAUGUACACAACUGAUAUAUUGAAUGCUGACGCGAUUAGCUUCGUAAGGUCCUUAUUGGGUUGACACUGGAAUGUGGCAAGAAGGAUGCAGAUUCUCCACGGAAGCUCCUGCAAUGUACGAACGCUGCAAGAAGGUGGGAAAAGAUAGAAACAUCGACUAUUAGAUACACAAGUGGAACAAGACAGACCAGUUCCGCCGUUCGGGGGUACGUGUGAUGUACUGAGGUACCGCCCAAAACUCUGGUGAACGUGUUUAUUUGUGAGACACCAGUAAGACCGACUGUACAAUCGCUCAUGGUGUCAUUACAUACGUGAUGAUACAGUAUCGACUGACUGAUCGAUCGAUGGCUUUUUAUCUUCUUCGCUAAGCUGGACUUAUGAUAAAGAGUACCUCACUCAUUAUUAAUCAGAAGAUGAAGAAGACACAAAAACGCGUAAAAUUUGAUUAGAUGGCAACCUCUCCUGGAGUUUGGGGAGGAACUUGCCAUCUGAUCGUACACACCAGCUUGCUUUACUCCUGUUCCUGUGUUCUACAUAAAGUCCGCUCUGGAAAUGA